CUGGCUACAGGGAGGUGGGGAUGGGAGGCUCUGCUCCUCCCCGUCCUCCACAGGAGAAGGUCUGAGGAUGUGGGUCACUUCACCCUGAUUCUCUGGACUGCUGAGCACCCCAGUGUCCUCCCUGGGCCUCCUCUCCUGCCUUGUGGCUCUGCUGCUGUCAUUUCCUGGAGGGCCUCUGGCCAUGGCUUGGCUCCUGCUUUUGCUGCUAUCAGCAUGUCUGCAAGCUGGAUGCUCAGCAAGAUCCAACAGAGAAAAUGACUAUGGGAUGAACCAGCCAGCACGUCUCUCUGGUGUCCAGGGUGGCUCCAUCGAGAUCCCAUUCUCCUUCUACUUCCCCUGGAGGUUGGCAGAGGAUCCUCAGAUGAACAUAGCCUUGAGGUGGAAGGAGUUCCACGGGGAAUGUAUGUACUACUACACCACAGGUUUCAUGCACAGCCAUUUCAAAAACAGGCUCACCCUGAACUGGACGCCGGGUCAGACAUCCGGAGUUUUCAGAAUUUGUGACUUGAAGGGGGAUGACCAGGCCACAUACUUCUGCAGAGUUUAUGUGCAAACGACAGAAGGCAGGAAGAUGUGGCAGUCGAUUAAGGGGACCCAACUCACAAUCACCAAUGGCUCUGGGCCCACCUCUCCAUGCCCGACCACUGCGACUUCUGCACCCAGCACAAUUGCCGUGAAGCACACAGGACAGGGGGAAAAGAAGCCUCAGCAUCUGGAAGUCAAAAUCGGGCUGGCGGUGGCUGCUGCUGCCCUCCUGGCUGGGGUUUUGACCUUGAUAGUGCUCCUCAGGCAGAAGAGAAGGAAAGGCCAGGCGACUGAAGCGGAAUCCCAGGCCAGGGAACUGUUCAUACACACUGAGAACCGUGAGACAGACGGACAUGAAGAGCAACACACAGAACCCCGAGAGAACCCCAAGGAGAACAUCGUGUAUGCCUCCAUCGCCCUCACGAGACCAGCCUCCCCGGGAACAGCCCCCUGCCCGCCUGUCCACGAGCAACCCCAGGAAGAGACUGUGUACUCCACCGUGAAGGCCAAAUGAGCUGGGUCACACACACAGGGUCACCUUUGCCUCGCUGGGAAGACUCCCAGGCUGCCCUGAGAGCCACGGCCGGGGACCGAAACUCACAGGGCGCACACUCUGGCCUCAGAGAAACUGAGAAACUCCCAGUUCCCUUUUCCAGCUUCCUAGGCCUUUCUCACAAAAUAAACAGAUCCACAGAAUUGGCCUACAUGACUCUUACCAGAGAACUGAUGUGACCUUAGCUUCCGGCCCACUAACAAGCCUCUGCUGUCACUCUUUCCUGUUGGCCCUCGGCAGGGGAUUCCCCACAGGCUGGCGGCCAGUCUACAUGCUGUGUUCCCACAUCUGUAAGAAUAGACACACAGUGGGACUGCUUCCCACGUGCCACCGCACGGGACAUCAGCAGGACCCCAGAGUGAAGACACGGAACUAAGCAGCAUGUGCUUAGGUGUCCCCUCAAGCCACGUGGCUCCUAGGAAGUAGAGCAGCCAGGACUUGAGCCCGGCCUUGCUGCUCUGGAGGUCCCCCGGGCCCUGGCUUCCUACACUGCCCCGAGAAGGCUGUCACCAUGGGGACAGGAAUGAAAGCUCAGCAGUAACCCAGAGUCCCGCUUUAUUAACACAGGCUGCACAGGACUGGACCCACGGAGCAGGUCCACAACCCCUACCCUGACCAGCUGCUCCAGAACUGAGAGCCCCUGCCACAGACAGCAGCAGGAGGACCAACAGCUACUCCUCAAACAGCGCGGCCAGCGACUCCUCUGAGCUGCCCCUCCGCAGCAGCUCCCCUCCCUCGUCCGGCUCGCCAAUGUCGUCCAGGAGCUGCUCCAGGUCCAGGUCGCUGGAACCAUCAUCUUCACGGAGGAAACUUGUUGCCUCCUGUGUCAGGGGCACGUGGCGCCCAGGCCCUUCCUUUCCCCAUGGAGAAACCCCAUGCCGAGCUGCUGGGAUAGGGCACUUCGACACAAUUUUGACUUCUUUUUCCUCAGAUAAGUUGGUGGCUGGGGCCUUGCUUUCAGGAGCUUUGAAUUUCUUCUUAGGGCCUGAAGGGAACAAGGGACAAAGUUGAGAGUCAGCCUAUGCUGACUUUUUACAGGCAGUUUCUGAAGUCUUGUGUUUAAAGCAUCUGAAGGAUAAUCUUAAUACGAACAUGGGCUUUUAAGUCACACUUGGAUUCUAGCCUUGUGUCAGCUGUAUAUUCAUCGUGGGUCUUGAACAAAUUUGAAACUUUCUGAGUCUUAGUAAACUUGCAUCUGAAAUGUCA